GGGCGAGGCGGGGCGGGGCGUUUCCCGCCCGGAUUUAGAGUACCGACGCCCGCGCGGCGACUAUGUCGCGGGCACGCAGCCACCUGCGCUCCGCUCUCUUCCUGGCUGCGAUUUCUCCGCUCAGUGCAACGACCCGGUUCGGGGCGCGGCGAGGGUUGAGCGCGUGGCCCGCGCCGCAGGAGCCCGGCAUGGAGUAUCAGGAUGCUGUGCGCACACUCAACACCCUGCAGACCAAUGCCAGCUACCUGGAGAAGGUGAAGCGCCAGCGGGGUGACCCCCAGACACAGCUGGAAGCCAUGGAGCUGUUCUUGGAACGGAGUGGGCUACAGGUGGAGGACUUGAACCAGUUGAACAUCAUUCAUGUCACUGGGACCAAGGGGAAGGGUUCCACCUGUGCCUUCACUGAACGUAUCCUCCGCAGCUAUGGCCUGAAGACGGGAUUCUUUAGCUCUCCCCACCUGGUGCAGGUGCGCGAGCGGAUCCGCAUCAAUGGGCAGCCCAUCAGCCCCGAGCUCUUCACCAAGCACUUCUGGCGCCUCUACCAGCGGCUCGAGGAGACCAAGGAUGGCAGCAGCUGUGCCUCUAUGCCUGCCUACUUCCGCUUCCUCACACUCAUGGCCUUCCACGUCUUCCUCCAAGAGAAGGUGGACCUGGCAGUGGUGGAAGUGGGCAUUGGCGGGGCUUACGACUGCACCAACAUCAUCAGGAAGCCUGUGGUGUGUGGGGUCUCCUCUCUUGGCAUCGACCACACCAGCCUCCUAGGGGACACAGUGGAGAAGAUUGCAUGGCAGAAAGGUGGCAUCUUCAAGCGUGGCGUCCCUGCCUUCACCGUGCUUCAGCCCGACGGUCCCCUGGCGGUGCUGAGGGACCGCGCCCAGCAGAUCUCAUGUCCUCUCUACCUGUGCCCACCUCUGGAAGCCCUGGAGGAAGGGGGACCUCCGCUGACCCUGGGCCUGGAGGGAGAGCACCAGCGGUCCAAUGCCGCCUUGGCCUUGCAGCUGGCCCGCUGCUGGCUGCAGCAAAAGGACCACCAGGGCAUCGGGGAACUGAAGGCAUCCCGGCCGAGCCUCCAGUGGCAGCUGCCCCUGGCACCCAUAUUCCAGCCCACGUCCCACAUGCAGCAUGGGCUCCGGGACACGGAGUGGCCUGGCCGGACGCAGGUGCUGCGGCGCGGGCCGCUCACCUGGUACCUGGACGGCGCGCACACCGUCAGCAGCAUGCAGGCCUGCGUGCGCUGGUUCCGCCAGGAGCUGCAUGGCCGCGAGAAGCCGGACGGUGGGCCUGAGGUGCGUGUCUUGCUCUUUAACUCCACCGGGGACCGGGAUCCUGCGGCCCUGAUGAAGCUGCUGCAGCCCUGCAAGUUUCACUAUGCUGUUUUCUGCCCCAACCUGACAGAGAUGUCACCAACAGGCAACGAAGACCAGCAGAACUUCAUGGUGACGCUGGACCAGGUGCUUCUCCGCUGCCUCACACACCAGCAACACUGGAGCCUCCUGGAUGAGGGGCAGGCCAGCCUGAACCUCUGGAACACCCCCAGCACGGAGCCUGGUGCGCCCACAUCCCUGCUGCUGGCACCCCGCCUGCCCCACCCCCUCAGCACCAGCUCCCUUGUCUUCAGCUGCAUCUCCCACGCCUUGCAGUGGAUCAGCCAAGGCCGGGACCCUGUCUUUCAGCCGCCCAGUCCCCCACGGGGCCUCCUUGCCCACCCUGUGGCAGGCCACGGGGCCAGCAUGCUCCGUGAGGCUGCUGCCAUCCACGUGCUGGUCACAGGCAGCCUGCACCUAGUUGGGGGUGUCCUGAAGCUGCUAGAGCCCUCCUUGUCCCAGUAGCCGAGGCGGUGCGGUUGGAGCUGGGGCCUCCCACACCUGCCCCGCGUCUCUCCAUGAACUUCUAUAUUAAGUGCCUCUUGUUUCCUGUUUUCCUGAUUCUGUCUAGACUGGUCCAGGGGCCUGGGCUCUGGGCAGUGGAGUAGAGGGCUGGUAGUGGGAAGCUGAGACUGGACAUCCUGUCUCUGAGCCUAGGUGCCUUUGGCUUCUCCUGCCCUCCCGGUUGUAGCAGGCCUGACGGACGAUCCAGCCUAUCUCCCUCCCACCACCCCUGCUUCCUGCCUCAGGUCCAGCAUAUUGUAUGAGCUGCCUGGCUGUGCCGCAGGUCCUGCCAGGUGCUGGUUGAUAGAUUUUCUCCUCCCAGUGGCCUUCUGGGAAAGGAAAGGGUCCCUGCCUGGGGCUCUCUGGGGACAGAGGGUGGCUGGUGUGCAUUAAAGCCUUUAAUUUUUUU